GAAUCAACAAAAAGAGAAAUAUGUCCGCCUCAUCCACUUCCUUUUCACCGGACCAACACCACCACCUCUCUCCCUCCGACCAACUCUGUUAUGUCCAUUGCAACUUCUGUGACACUGUCCUCGCCGUGAGUGUUCCUUGCUCCAGUUUGUUCAAGAUUGUCACAGUGAGAUGCGGUCAUUGCACCAACCUUCUCUCUGUCAACAUGCGUGCACUGCUUCUUACUUCACCUAAUCAGCUUCACCUUGGCAACAGCUUCUUCACUCCUCAAAAUCUUAUGGAGGAGAUUAGAAAUACACCAUCAACAAAUAUGAUGAUGAAUCAGCUUCCAAACCCAAAUGAUUUGGUCAUGAGCACCAUUAGAGGAGGGCCAGAAGAAACCCCUAAGCCUCCACCAGCUAACAGACCUCCAGAGAAGAGACAGAGAGUUCCAUCUGCUUACAACCGCUUCAUCAAGGAUGAGAUUCAACGUAUCAAAGCUGGGAAUCCUGAUAUAAGCCACAGAGAGGCCUUUAGUGCAGCUGCAAAGAAUUGGGCCCAUUUUCCACACAUUCAUUUCGGACUUAUGCCUGAUCAUCAACCCGUGAAGAAAGCUAAUGUUCGUCAGGAAGCAGAGGAUGUGCUCAUGAAAGAUGGGUAUUACGCACCGGCAAAUGUAGGUGUCUCUCCCUACUAG